AUGGCACGUACAAAACAAACAGCUCGUAAAUCAACUGGUGGAAAAGCACCACGUAAACAAUUAGCUACAAAAGCAGCACGUAAAUCUGCACCAGCAACUGGUGGAAUUAAAAAACCACAUAGAUUUCGUCCGGGUACAGUUGCAUUACGUGAAAUUCGACGUUAUCAAAAAUCAACAGAAUUACUUAUUAGAAAAUUACCAUUUCAACGUUUAGUUAGAGAAAUAGCACAAGAUUUUAAAACAGAUUUACGCUUUCAAACAUCAGCUGUUUUAGCUUUACAAGAAGCUUGUGAAUCAUAUCUUGUUGGCUUGUUUGAAGAUACAAAUCUAUGUGCUAUUCAUGCGAAACGUGUAACCAUUAUGCCAAAAGAUAUUCAAUUGGCUCGACGAAUUCGUGGUGAACGUAAUUAA